AUGGAUGUUCGUGACAUCAUGGUGUCGCCGUCGAUCAUUACGGCGGCGGUCGGCACCGCUGCCAAGCCCACCGCGGCUUCCGCAAAAUACAACUGCCAGGCGCUCAACCUACCAGCAGGCGGCAUUCUGUACAUACCCGGCGCCGAUCCGGUCACCCUCACUGCGGCCGCUGCAUACAAGCCAACAUGCCUGCCUUCUGACACACCCAACAUUAUCGCCGACACGGGUGCCGGCACAGCGAAUGCAAACCCCUCUGAUUUGACAUCAACGAGCAGUCUAACAACCGACAACUCCAACAUCACAGGCGUCAACAUUGACGAGACGUCCAGCUCAACGCCUCAGUACUCUGAUUUUCGCGAUCCGUUUUAUGCUUCGUCUUUCCCGCAGUGUUAUGCACUGGCUUCGACAACCGUCAUUGCGUACACACUCGUCAUCAUGCUCUUUAUCACGCCGCGAUCCUUCCUGGACGGCGGCGUUGUCGUUCUUGGUCGACGCGGGUUCACCAACGGUGGCUCCGGCGGCAAGAACAUUGGUGGCCGUCCGUGGCUGCAGAAGGUGGCUGCCCUGACCGUGGCCAUCUCGCUCACCAUUGCCACGGCCGACACAUUCCGUGUCGCCGAGAGCCAGUACUCCUGGGGCAUCCAAAACGCCAAGGAGAUGCAGGACGAAGUUCUCGGCGGCACGCAGUUAAAGGUGAUUCGCAUCAUCUCCAACACCUUCCUGUGGCUCGCCCAGGCACAAACGUUGAUUCGCCUCUUUCCGCGUCAAAGAGAAAAGGUCAUUAUCAAAUGGACGGCCUUUUCUCUCAUCACCCUCGACGUCGUCUUCGAUUGCCUCAACAGCUUUCUGUAUGCCGGCACGACCCACUCCUUUACCGAUGCGAUACCUGCUCUCAGCUAUCUCUUCGAGCUGGCCCUUGGCGUGCUUUAUGCCGCAUGGGUCAUCUACUAUUCCCUCAUGAAGAAACGCUAUGCGUAUUACCAUCCACGCAUGCGCAACAUCUGCCUUGUAGCUGCGUUGUCACUACUGGCCAUUCUCGUGCCCAUUGUUUUCUUCGUUCUUGACAUUUGCAAACCAGACUUUACUGGUUGGGGCGACUACGUCUUGUGGGUAGGGGCCGCCGCCGCUAGUGUGAUUGUGUGGGAGUGGGUGGAGCGCAUAGAAGCGCUCGAACGCGAGGAGAAGAAGGACGGCAUUCUCGGGCGCGAGGUAUUUGACGGCGACGAGAUGCUGGACAUCAUGCCCUCAGACUUUUCAUGGCCCCGCAAACGGCAAAAGAGCCCCAAACAUGGCGGGAAAAAUCCCAAGGACCCCAAGGAUCCCAAGGACGGCAGCGAGGACGGCGAUGACGAUGCUGCGACGGGCCAGGAUGGCGCUGGUGCUGACAAAACGGUUCGGUCCGCUGUCCGGAUAUGGCCAUUUAUGUCGACAUUCGCAAAUCGGCACCGCAAGCGACCAUGGACAAAAGAUCCAGAGGCCGUCACGACGCAACAAGACACCGUGUUGGGCGAACUGACCAGUAUACCCGGCGGCAAUGCCGGAUCCGACGACGCAGAUGCAACAGCUGGCGGCGGCGCAACAGGAGUUGCACGACGACUUCAGCCACCACUCUGGCCUGCACGUCCACCACCGGCUGUUACGCCAGUGAGUCGGACCGAGACUGCCAGUGCCGAUAGCACUGUAUACGUCAUGCGGUACCACACUGUGACAGACAGCAACCCAAGCUCAGCCAUGGGCAACCACCAUCAAGCAGCACCAAUCCUCUUGUCCCGCAGCAAUAGCACCAGUACGACGAGCUCGUCUGGUCACGGCCAGCCUCCAAGGACGACAAUGUCCGUUAUGAGCUUGCAAAGUGAGAGUGCCAGCGCUUUUGCGUCCGCAUCGCCGCCACCACGGGAUGGCAAUCAUUCGGCAUCGGACGAUGCAGAGACUGCUGCGGCUGGACACGGUGCCAAACGCUGGCGAUCGUUGGCGCAGGCGCUACCGUUCCGGCGCGGUGCAGCAUCAGGUCGGGACGAUGGCGAAGCGUCACGGUCGACAUUCAGCCAGGCCCUCAGCGGCGCGUCGCCGUCUCUCGACGAGGACCGCUUGCAACAUGAGGAAGGCGGUCGGUGGGAUAUCCGUGCUCGACUGGAAGAGUUUGCGGUGACACAAGCUGAGAAGCUGCGCGAAAGAAUUCGCCCGACCGUCGACACAACCGGGCUGCCUGUGAUGGUCAUUCCGGCGCCGCAGCGGCAGGGCGCCAUACUUACCCGGGUCCUGGAAGAAGAAGAAACGGGCUCGCUGCAGCAGCAGCAGCAGCAGCACGAGCACCAAUCAGCAACACCACCAAGACUACCGCCGUCUUGA